AUGAGGCAAACCCAAUCUUCCAAUGGAAGGCGGAUGCCAAAUCGUAGAUUGGAUACGUAUAUCGACCCUGCGGAAAGGGUUACACCCAGGAGAAGUACUACUACUAAAAGGAACUACAACAAUAACAGACAACAACAACAACAACAAAAACAACAACAACAACAACAACAACAAGCAUACAAGAGUCCUCGGUAUACUGCUGGCACCCGUGAAUCAGAUGUGGUCUUAGAAAAAAUCCGUGAGUUUGAAGAGAUCGUCAGUACUCCAAAGCAGAGUGCAAUGUCAGGUAGACAAAGCACGGGUGAUAGACGACAGGCAGCAUAUGGAAAUCCAAGGAGGGGUGCACACAGAAGUGACAAAAGGGAAGCUGCUCCACCAGAAGAGCGCUUUAAUAGCGGCGAAGUGCACAACGGCGGCGAUGUAGCAUUCAUUUCUACGGGCUAUACUACACCCUCUCGUGUCCGAACCAUAUCAAAACCAGAGGAGCAAGCAUUGGCAGACAACCUGAGUCCACAAGAGUCGCAAGGCGACAGCAUUGCCUUUUUUGGCAACCAAUCAUCACACAAAAAAGUCUUGAGAACACCUGGAAAUACAAGGGAAAUAUCAUAUUCGGAAAAUCAUAGGCUCGGGGCUCGACCCAAUCCAAAUACCCAUCGAGCAGCUGGUCUGACCACUCCGAAGAACGACGCGACCAAUUUUUUCCAGUCACCCUGCGGGCCAAUGGAGCUCAAUGUGGGAAGGAAAGAGCCUUCCAAAAUCUGGGAUUUUCUAGACCCAAAGGACGAUGUGACUUCCUCCAAGAAUCGGGCUGAUAGCAUCACGAACCAGAGGAGAGAAAAGCGAGCCAUGGAAGGCGCAUAUCGAGAUUUGAUGUUGAUACCACCAUCAAAACAACAGAGGGGACAACCAACGACACCAAGACGGAAGUCUGCCAUGAAGGGCGGGAAUAAGACUAACUUUCGGACAAAGAUGUACGGCGAUCGUAGCUUGAAUGAAAGCCGCGGGUCUUUCAGUACGACAAACUCAAGUCAUGCGAGCUCUGCUGUGCGUGAGGAAACUUGGCGAUCGGAAAUAGCUUCCUAUGGCAACAACAGUUUUGCAAGCGAUAUUCCGAAAUCCAAUACAGACACUAGCGCUUCGAAUUACUACCCUAGAUCUAGUGAUCCGCACCAGAAGAAGCAUGGAAUCAUGAAGACGACUGGUAGCUACAAGAGACCAAAACCGGAUGGGCAAGAAUACUACCCGACAAGUGAUGAUUUAUCGCACAGGCGGGUCCAGUUUUCAAAAGCCACCGAUCCAGAAAUUCACAAAGAAGCUUCUCCAAACCUGAGUCAAUCCAUCUUUCAUGGAUGUGGCGUUGACAACACGCAACAAGCUGAUGUAUCCUCAAAGCAUAGUGACGAAGAUGCUCUGGAGAGACAACGACAAGAGCUGUGGGCAGCCAAGCUAAACCAGCUCUUUCCAGCCUCGGCGACCGCUGGUACAGAGAAAGAAAGGACUACUCCACGAGCUCGACGAUCAGAGAAUACUGCAGCAAAGCUGAUUACGGGCGACCUGCGCCAGCUAGAGGAGAUCAUUCAAAAGCAAGCAAGCGAAAAGAAACAGGCUCAAGAAGAAAAUGAAACUUCAAGGCAUCCUCUUGCAAGCUCUUCCAGUGAAAGUCGAUUUGAUCCAAUACCAAUGUCGAAGAGGAAAAAUCAUAUGUAUGUAGCGUAUUCAAGAUACAGCGAAGAUGCAGAGGAGGUUCUGCAGGUGUGUGAGCAUACCAUGGUUCCGCUUCCAAAUCGAAAAUCUGGAGAGGUCCUGGUGAAGGUAAGGGCUUCUACUGUUUCUCUAUCCGACUGUGAAGCACGGAAAGGCGCAGUGAAAGAUAUCAAGCUGUCUCCGUUUGUUAUCCCAGGCGCAUGUUUCUGUGGCCAGGUUGCAUUGACCGAAAGGAAAUCUGCGUUCUCGAAGAUCGGUCCCGGCGACAUUGUCAUAUCUCUUUGUGGUUCUGGAUCCAAUGCAAGAUAUCUCUGUAUUACAAAAGAUGCCCUCGUCAAGGUUCCCAAAAAGAUCAAUCCAGAUGAAGCCGCCUGUUUGGCUGAAAGCUAUCUGAUGGCAUUCCAAGUGUUACAUCUCAACCAUAAGUCAUCAAUGAGGUACAAGGACAACUCUAUGAGGGGGCAGUCCAUCUUGAUUAUGGUCGGUGGCUUCUCUGAUCUUUGCCGAGCGCUGAUAGAGCUAACAAAUGCUGCUGGAGCAGAUUGUUGUUACGUCAUUGUUGAUGAGAAAGAGUUUUCGGCAGUUUCAAGUUGUGGCGCAAUUCCACUCUUGAAAGACCCGCAGCAAUGGCUGACAUUGGUUGGAAAGCAGAUUGAUUUAUUGAUAUCUUGCAACGACCAUGGUUUGCGUACUGAAAAGAUCACACGAGACCAUUUGAAGGCUCUGAAUAAUGAAGGAGAGAUUAUUCUUUUUGGAAAACCUGGGGACAAAAAACUCCCAUUCUUACAUCUCGAGACCAAUGGUCCAUCAAGGCUUAUUUGCAAAUCCAAUCAUCGGAGCGUUAAAGAUCGUUCCCAGCUGUACAAUGUUUUUGAUGCUUGGGGGAAAGACAUGAAACAGUGCAAAAAAGACUUGGAACACCUUCUAAAGCUUUUGCAGACAAACAGACUUCGACCACCAAUUCUGCGAAGGCUACCGCUAACCAAGGUAGCCACUGCACAUUCAAUUGUGGAGUCCAAGAUAUUGCCAGGAUUCCUUGUUUGUUUGCCAUGGGUACAUGAAAGAGGAUCAAGAUACUCCCGGAGUUUCUCCGGCAGUGAUAGAUUGGAAGUGUAA